UUGGAGAGAGAGAGUGAGUUAUAUCCAACAGUGUCCUGAAUUACGUUCAGUAAUCAAAAUCAAUAUACGGACAUAACCGUCCGUUGGUGUCCUGUUAUAAAGUUAUUUGCUUUUUUUUUUUUUAUAUCCUCCUUUCAUGGGUCUUUUUCUUUCGUCUCUCUCUGUGUUUCUUUCAUGGGUGUUAAGAGUAGUGCUUAGCUCGUGAAGGGUCUUCUUCUUCUCGUGUUUAUUUUCUUCUGGGGUUCUUCAAUGGCGAAUGUAGAUGGAGACGAUCUCAGAACCUCUCUCUCAAGGUCUUAUAACGAUGAGCUAUACACAGAGCUAUGGAAAGCUUGUGCAGGUCCAUUGGUGGAGGUUCCUCUUGCUGGAGAGAAAGUUUUCUACUUCCCUCAGGGUCACAUGGAACAACUUGUGGCUUCAACUAAUCAGGGAAUUGAAUCAGAGGAGAUACCUGAUUUCAAACUUCCUCCAAAGAUACUUUGUCGAGUUCUCAGUGUCAUGUUAAAGGCUGAGCAUGACACAGAUGAAGUUUACGCUCAGAUCACAUUAAAACCAGAGGAAGAUCAAAGUGAACUUACAAGUCUUGAUCCACCCCUUGUUGAACCAACAAAACAAAUGUUCCACUCGUUUGUAAAGAUUCUAACGGCGUCAGAUACAAGCACUCAUGGUGGAUUCUCUGUUCUUCGUAAACACGCCACUGAAUGCUUGCCUGCCUUGGACAUGGGACAAGCUACUCCUACUCAAGAGCUUGUGACUAGAGAUCUUCAUGGGUUUGAAUGGAGGUUUAAGCAUAUAUUCCGAGGACAACCUAGGAGGCAUUUGCUUACAACGGGUUGGAGUACAUUUGUAUCCUCCAAAAGACUUGUAGCUGGAGAUGCCUUUGUGUUCUUGAGGGGUGAGAAUGGGGAUUUGAGAGUUGGAGUGAGGCGUUUAGCUAGGCAUCAGAGCACAAUGCCUACUUCGGUUAUCUCAAGUCAGAGCAUGCAUUUGGGAGUCCUUGCUACAGCUUCUCAUGCUGUUGUUACCAAAACUAUAUUCCUUGUGUUUUACAAGCCUAGGAUAAGCCAGUUCAUAGUGGGAGUGAACAAGUAUAUGGAAGCUAUGAAGCAUGGAUUCUCUCUUGGUACCAGAUUCAGAAUGAGAUUUGAAGGAGAAGAGUCUCCUGAAAGAAUGUUUACUGGUACUAUUGUGGGAAUUGGAGAUCUAUCUUCACAAUGGCCAGCUUCUACAUGGAGAUCAUUGCAGGUCCAAUGGGAUGAGCCAACAACAUUUCAGAGACCAGACAGAGUCUCACCAUGGGAGAUUGAGCCUUUCUUGUCAUCUCCCCCAGUUUCAACACCUGCUCAGCAAUCACAACCCAAAUGCAAGCGGUCAAGACCUGUAGAAUCAUCUGUUUUGACUCCAGCUCCGCCUUCUUUCUUGUAUGGCUUCCCUCAGAGCCAAGAGACUCCUUCUCCUCCUCCUCCCUCUGCGAGUAGUUGCUAUAGGUUGUUUGGAUUCGAUCUCACAAGCAACCCUCCUGCUCCAAUUCCUCCAGACAAGUGUCAAGAACCCAUCACUCCAAGCGCAGCUAAUGAGCCUAAGAAGCAACAAAAACAAAGGACAAGAACCAAAGUAAUCAUGCAAGGGGUGGCUGUUGGUCGUGCAGUUGAUUUAACGCUGUUGAAAUCGUAUAAUGAACUGAUUAAGGAGCUUGAGGAGAUGUUUGAGAUCAAAGGACAGCUUCUUACUCGAGAGAAAUGGGUCGUUGUCUUCACAGAUGAUGAAGGUGACAUGAUGCUUGCUGGAGAUGAUCCAUGGAAUGAGUUUUGCAAGAUGGCUAAGAAGAUAUUUAUAUAUUCGAGCGAUGAGGUUAAGAAGAUGACAACGAUGUUGAAGAGCUCUUCGUCGUUAGAGAAUGAUGAAAGUAUGGAUUAAUAAUAAUCGUGUAAUUAGGUAUGACUAUGAGUGGUUUAGCUACAUAUAAGUUUAAGGUUUAUUAUAUUAGUAACUUAUGGUCGUGUAAGGGUUCUCUAGACUAUGGUUUUCACUCUGUGUAUAUAAAAGGCUUGCAUGGUCUUGGAUUCUUGGGCCUUGUUUGUUUUCUUUUCGUGUCAAUUUUCAAGUUGGCGUUUUUAAAUGUUUCGGUUUGUGUCGGUU